AUGGCUGCGUACGCCGCCGUCUCCGUCCAGGCGCACGUCCCGAUCAAGCUGGAACUCCGCUCCUCCAAUUACACCAAGUGGAGCAGCUUCUUCGAGGCCAUGUGCGGCAAGUUCGGCCUCCUCAGCCACAUCAACAGCGCCCCUCCCCCUGAUCCGCGCACUGAUGCAUGGAACGUGGCCGACUGUGUCGUCCGUAGCUGGCUCUAUGGCUCCGUCACUGAGGAUGUCCUCGACUUCACCAUGGCCGCCAACCAGAUAGCACGGGACCUUUGGGUCGCCAUCUCCAACCACUUCCAGACGAACAAAGCUCCUCGUGCCAUCUUCUUGAGUCAUGCGUUCCACGCAAUAACUCAAGGGGAUAUGUCUGUCCACGAGUAUGCCCAAGCCCUCAACAAGGCCGCUGAUGCUCUUCGCGAUGUCGACAAGCCUGUUGCCGAUUCUGAGAUGGUUCUCGCCCUUCUCGCUGGGGCUGAUUCUCGUUACAGCACCACUGGAGAGAUCAUCGCAGGAGACGCAACCAUGACCUUCUCCAGGGUUGUAGACCGGCUUGCCCUCCAGGAGCUCCGCCUAGCAAAUCAGUCAAAGGAGGCUGCCUCCUCCGCCAUGAUCGCCUCCUCCUCAGCUGGAUGCGGCCCCUCCUGCCAAUCUGCAUCAUCUUCGACCUCCGUCACGCAGCAGCAGCAGCGCCCUCCUCAGCAGUAG